AUCUAUGGAGACGUUUGAAUUCUAUGGUAUCAGAGGCUCCUUAAAUUUGUAAUUUGUUACUCAAUAAUUUAUUAAAGAGAUUAAUUCUGUAUAAAGAAGAAGCAAAAUGGAUCGAUCUAGCAUUGGCAGUUCCUUCGGAAAAACAUUAACCUCCCCAAGAAAGCGAGUAUCAGUGGUGCAGCCUCUUAAAAGAAGCACGUCUUCUUUAAGUGUUUCUGGAAGAUCCAAUCAGUCGGUGCAAGUAAUUUGCCGAACGGCGAAUCAUGUUGUUGAGAGUUUUGGUUCGUCGUUACCUGUUCUUGUGACGGAAGCAUUAACGUUCAUAGAUCGUAACACAGCAGUUAGUGUAAACGUAUCAAACGAUGGAUGGGCUUGGCUCGUAUCUAACCGCAGAUUGCUUGUGUGGCAAUGCAAAACGACAGUUCACGAUCCAAAGCAAAGACGCAUGUUUAAAAGUCAGUGCAGAGAAUUACGUCUGCCACAAAGUGAUCUUGCUCAUAAAGCGGAAUGUGUUGCAGUUUGGGUGCAGCCUGGCCAUCAGGUCCCUAGCUGUAUGGCAGUAUCACCCGAAGGUACGGUUCGAUAUUGGUCAAGUGUCGCCCAUGAAGGCACAUCUGUAGAGACCAAUGCCGAGCUUGCAGGACAAGAAGUUGACUGCCUUACAUAUAUUCCUGGUCAUGGCUGCGUUUUUGCCACAACUACCUGUACUGUAGUACUUUUACAGCCUCAGGUAUCAGGAGGACGAAAUACAAUUUGUUGCAGAGUUCUUCGAACGAGCCAAGGAUGGUUAGGUGGCAUUGGCCGCAGAAUGUCUUCUCUUAUAUUUGGAGCAAUUCCGCAAUCACCAGUGGCAGAAACUAAAUUGGUCAAAGUUACAUGUACCAGUAUAGGUGAAAGGGGUUCAAGAGUUCUUAUACUAGCUGGUUCAAUUUUGCAGUACUGGUCAUUCACUCAUGAUGAACAGGAAAGAAUGGAAUUUGAUGAAGAUAUCGGCCAUGUAAUUUCUCAAGCUUUUCAAAGAAGAUUUUGGGAACUGAGUGCAUGUAAUCCAAUAAAUAUGAAUACUUGGCUAAUUGAUAUGCAACCUUGUGAAGACAGUAUAGUAAUAUUAAUGGCUGCACAUUCCACGGAUAUUUCUCCUCAGAUUCAUUUUGCAAUUGGUCUCUUUCCACUAUCUGGAACAAAUGUAAAAAAUGCAUUUCGGUGGUUCAUCCCAGUCAAAAUUGGACCAUUCAUGUAUCAUGAAGAUACAGAGUCGAUGAUAUUGUCUUACCGUUUCAUACUCUCAGGAUGGGAAGCAAUUAUCUAUAAUCAGCACUCGGUAUUAGUUGUUAACAUGGUCUCAGAGCAUGAACAAGACAAAAUAGACUUGAUGAAAGGCGGGGAAGAUGCUAUUGUUGGAGGAGCAAUGUGUUCUGGCACGCCAGUUCUUUUUACUAGAAAUCUCGGUCUUGUUACUGUUAUACCUACGGACUUUUCUAUUCAAGAAUUAAACGCGAGUUACUCCGACGUCAAUGCUAGUGUAGAAUGUGCAAACAACACUUCAACCUUUGCACUUGAGAACUUCUUCACUGUUAUUAGUAAUGAUGAUUUAAAAAAUAUGUAUUACAGUUCUGAUACUCUUGCACAAUUACGUGCCGCCUUUCUUCUUAGUCUGCGACAAAAUAAGGCACAAUGCGAAGAGAUACUUUCUGAACUGUUUCCUGUACAAGAAGAACCGGUAAUGGAUAUUGAUGCAACACUGGACACUCUUGUAUUGAAGGUGGUUAAAGAUUUGAUUGAUGACUAUCCUGCAAAUGAUCCUCGUUGGGCUAAUCAAAAAGACCUAUCUGUAACAUUGACUGCUGUUGCAUCCGUACAAAUUCCUCAUCAGCUAGAUGGCAAGCAAAAAGCUUUAGACCUUUUUGUGUCCUUUUUGAAGGAAUAUAGCUUAUGGUCCAGACUUUGUGCUGUUUCAUACAGAGGUAUUAUUAUGUCAACGCCUCAUGUUCUUGAAGAAUGUGCAGAGAAAAUUGUUGCUGCUCUUGCCAUUUACAGUCUCCAAAACAGAUAUGCAGAAAUCAUAGACACCCUAAUUGAAAAGACUAUAACUCCAGAUUCAACCGUUUCAGAAGAGCUAACUGCACGUGAUAUAUUUUAUCGAGAAGUAAGCAAAGUUCAUCUUUUCAUGUCUACACUUGUAAAUAACGCGUGUGAAAUAGCUCAGUCAGAAAGACCGAUGCAUCAAGUGGCGCAAUACAUACUACAAGUGAAUUCUAUCCUAUUGGGCAUUUUACACGAAGUUGUUAAGUAUCGACAGUAUAAUGCUGUACGCUUUGUUCCGACAAGAUGUUCUAACUGCUUAGCUGAAUACCUUCCAUGGACCGCUGCAAGUGGCAAGAAUGGUCUGCGACAAAGUUUACAUACAAUGCAAACACUGACCCUGAAACAUGGCAUAAAUGGAACUAGUGAUUUGAUGCUACGUAAUGACUUGUACGAACAAUUAGUCAGUCUCAUAGACCUUAUAUUGGAUGGUAGAAAAUGUCAUUUGGAGAGCAUUCGUGGUACUGAGAAGUUUGAGAUUCUUAUGAAGCAGUAUGAGAAUGAACGGACAAACCUCAUUCAGCCACUCUUGAAAGAGGAGCAGUACGAGAAUGCUGCUAUGCUUGCAGAGAAGUACUGCGAUUUUGCAACACUGGUGCAAAUAUGUGAAUUGACUAAUAACAGCAAUCGACUCGAUGGUUAUAUCGAAAGAUUUGCAGCUCAAGAUUUUGCAUCAUUCUAUUUUUCGUGGUAUGUAAAAGAUGGACGACAGGGUCAGUUAGUUGAUAAAUGUUGUCGAGGUGGGGCAGUAGAACUCAGUGAAAAACUUUUAGAACACCCCGAAUUAUCUUGGAUUCCUGCUGUGUUUAAUGGAGAAUUACGUCUGGCAUCCAAUACUCUCCAUUCCUUAGCUGUCCAAGAAAGUGAAUUAGUUAUGAGGAAAAAAACGAUGUUGUCCCUAGCUAAAUGGUCUCUCCUGGCUGCAAUCGAAGCAGAGGAAGAUGAGGCUGUCGAGUGUAUUAAAACAUUAAAUAAUGAACUAGCACUAAUUAGUCAUCAAGAAGACUUACCCACUCAAGUACUUGCUACAUAUGGUUACGAUCUUGAGAAGCUGAGAGUUUUGACUCCUACAGAAUUAAUUACGCUCUACACCUGCGAAGAAAAUGAAAUUGCUACGGAACACGAUUUCAAGAAAGCUUUAGAUCUUCUUGACUAUGUUGAUGAAGAAGAAAGGUCUUCCUUAAGGUUAAGAAUUUGGGCACGAGUGGCCAAACGUGACCGAUGGGACGUCGUGGACAAAAAUCCUGAACAACAAGUUCAAAAUACUCUUUUCUUCAAGUUAAUUGAUCUCUCACACUUUAUGGGUGGAAAAGUUGAGGAGUUUCUGCCACCAUUGAACCUCAUCUUGACGGAGCCAGAAUUAGGAGCAUUAACUGCAUCGAGUAAUUUUCAGUUUUUGGUUAGGAUAGCUUACGAAUAUGCCUAUCGCAAUUACUAAUCAGCUCAACUUUAACAUUAUCUUGAACUUCGAAAUUUUCGUUCUUUGUAAAAAGUAUGUCGUCUAAGGUAAAGGUAAUCUAUAAUUUUGGUAGUAAGUCCGAUUUAAUAACAUUAUAACCAAACCCUUUUUUAUUACAAUUAAAGAA